UAGUCACAUGUGCCUCGAUUCAAAGCUAAGUGUGCCGUCAAUGCAUUUUGCCCACUGACAUCUAACUUCCCAUUCCAUUCCGUCUUUCAAACAGCAAAUAAAUAUAUGACACGUCCGAUGACUAGAUCCCAGGACGUACAUACAUGGAUUGCUGUACUCAACCAUACAUAGCCCUGCCCAGGCGUAGCACUGACCUGGUGAACGAAAAUGUCGAGCUUCUAUCAAAUGAAGUUUCUAUGGAUCUGUCACUGGAAAUGAAGAGGCAUUCUAAAGUUUCGUCGAUAAUAAAUACUCCAAAUCGUCCUUCUUUCCCUUUGUCUACUGCGAGUGCCGCCGAGUCACUAGCCACUGCUUGAAGAUGUCUGCCUCAUUAUCUCAGCCCAAGGCGUAUUUUGUUUCGCUGUUCUGUGAGGCGAUCUUUGCAGGCUUAUACACUGUACUGUUCUGCGCUGCGAUGUAUCUUCUGUUGCAUCACCGCAAACGGCAUGAAAACAGAACAAAGAACGUCAUGACAGCGAUGACGGUCAUCAUGUACUGCCUAUCGAUGCUACAUCUAGCAUUCUCAUUCCAGAUCAACCUGGUAGCGCUGUUCGACCAAAAAGCUUCUGCCCCACUGGACGGAGUCCCAAAAAGUGUUGAAAACACAGAAAAUGUAUCGGCUUGUACCCCAAUUGCAGCCGAAACUCUGAAUUGUAUCGUUGGGGACUCUAUAGUGAUAUGGCGUACAUGGACUCUUUGGAAUCGCAGUUGGAAGGUCAUAUUCUUACCUUGCGCUCUUUUGUUAGGCGGCAUCGUUUCCGCUGGGUUCUUGGUUCAUGCUAUAUUUAUCUCCCUAGUCGGGCAGACUUUAUUCAAUCCAAAGACUAUUGGUGCUAUGGUGGCUUUCGGAAUCCUUACUACUAUGAUAAAUUUCUAUGCUAUCAUCGUCAUUGGCUAUCGCGCAUGGUCUCAUGAUCGACAAAUGAAAGUUUUUACUAGCUCAGGAAGCCUUAUCAUGGGUAGAUUCGGAGGUCAAUACCUUCGCAUCUUCCUUAUUUUCAUCGAGUCGGGUUUCAUUUACUGCAUCAUUCCGGUCCUGAUGGUGAUUCUCUUUGGCGUGGCAAAUAAUGGCGUUUAUAUAGUCAUAGGCGUGCUCGCUCAAAUGACGGGUAUCUACCCGACCGCGAUCAUUGUCCUCAUCUGCUUACAGCUUACUCAACGUGACAUUAUAACUCAGACAGAACUUGCCGCUAGCAACAUGACCGUUCGUUUGCAGCAGAUGGACCAUGAUAGCCAGCCUGAGUAUACUCUCACUAUUCCGGCAUCAGUCAGCACCGUAUCUUCAAGUGGUAGUCAAUCCUACGGGACACAACCAAUUAGGAUUCAUGUCAUGAAAGAUAUCAAAGACUCUCGAAGUAAUCCGGGGCCUAUGAACAUUGAUAAAUCCAGCUCAAUGGUUUGAGUAAGCAUACAAGUAAAGUGAGAUGUACCGCGUCAUCAUAAUCUUUGGCCCUUGAAUUCUUUGUAUUUUAUGUAUGCACUCUACCCAAAAAAUGCUCAUAUUUGAUCAAAGCAA